AUGGUGAAUAUAUUAAAGCGGAUGGCGAAGCUUAACUCUUUCUGGCACAAAUGUCUUCCCCGCCUCAAAUAUCAUAACCCCGCAGUCCCCAUGACAGUAAACCGAACGGAAGACACGUCCGUCCCGGCAACCCUAACCAUCCACUUCACCAACCCCGACCUAGCAGCCUCUUCUCCGCCUCCCAUAAACAGCACCGCCUCCAAUCCCGCUACACCCUCCGCCUCCGGCGCUCCAACAACCCACACCAAAACCAUUGAUUGUAAACAUCGGGACGCCAAUGCCAUCCUCUUUGACUUAAUGGAACUGACGAAAGCCAAAAAAGUUCUGCCUACCGAAGCUGAAAAACAGAUGAUGAAGGAUCUGGCGGCAAUGAAAUUGAAGAGUGAACAGGAUUCGAAAUUGAGUGCAGCUGUUAAUGAAAGGAUCCGAGCCGAGAAGGCAAUCUUGGAUCAGGCGAGAGGCGAGGUUGCUGCUGCUUCUGCUGAAACAUAG